CGAAUCAGCUUUGGUCCACGGCCCCGUCGCAUGCCGCCCUUCGACCCGUAGACAGACACAUGCGAUGCACCUGCAGGCAGGCGGCGCCGUGCACCUCCACCUCCUCCAGUAUUUCAUGCCCCAGCACCAACCGCAGGAAUCAGCCACCGACCUAGAGGCGCAGGAGUCGGCCGUGUGCAGGCGCAGCCGCUCGUCCACUUCGCCGGCGCCGGCUACCAUGUGGGAGUAUCACCAGCAGGCGGCGCAUGCGGCGGCGGCCUUGCAGACGGCCUCGUCGCCGGCGUCUUCUUUCCCUUCCUGGAGCCCCUACGCCGGGACUACGGCUGCGCUCCUCGGCUCCAGCUCGGCCUUCGCCACCGAUGCCGGCUCGUCGCCACCCGGCAUGCGCCUUCCGGCAGCCGGGGAGCACGCCGUGCACGGCCACGCAUGGAGCCAGCACGGCGAACAAAGCAACAUCACAUGCUACAAGGAGAACUUCCUCGAUCUGCUCGCGUCGAAGAACGUGACGCAGGAGAUGUUCGAGGACGUCCCCGCUGGUCACUACGCCGCGCAGGCGAUGUCAGGAAGAUUCGGGGCAGCAGGCUCUGAUGUUGCACCGAUCAAGUACGAGGUCACCGCCGGCUCCUCCCCGCUGUUCUUCGGGAGCACUACUGCUGGUAUGCACCAGCAGGGGAUGGACAUGGUGGGUUGCACGCCGCGGUACGCCUACGCCGCCGCCGACCACCAUCAGAUGAAGGAAGGCGGCGGCAGCCAGCAGCAAGAACUUGAUGCAGCACCGGCCAUGGCUUCCUUUCUUCAGCAACUGAGUUCGAAUGCUAGUGUUGGCAUGCAUGCUAGCUUGGACUAUUCAGGCACAGGAGGACUCGACAAGAUUUGCCAGGAGAGCCGAGCAUUGGAAACUAGCCCUUUUGGUAUGAGGAGCUUGCCCGAUCUCGGUUCUUUCGGUGGCUACAGCAGAUCAACCGCAGAAUCGACAUCGUCAGUGCAACCAUACCUGAGAUCCAGCAAUCUCGCUGAAACCAGUAAACAAGAGCCGGAUAUUGUGUCGGCAAGGAGCAGCAGCAGUGGCAGUGGAGCGGCGAGCGAUCGAAAGAAGCGGGCGUCCGAGGAAAGGACGAGCACCGUGAAGAAGUCUAAGCAAGAGGGCUCUAAACCAUCUCCUCCCAAGCAACAAGUGCCUAAAGUGAAGAUAGGAGAGAAGAUCACAGCAUUGCAACAGAUCGUUUCACCAUUUGGGAAGACUGAUACAGCAUCAGUGCUGUUUGAAACCAUCAAGUACAUCAAGUUUCUGCAUGAACAAGUACAGCUACUCAGCGAGCCGUACACGAAUUCGAGCAGGAGCAAGGGUAACCACCAGCUUCCAUGGGGAGAUCAUGCUCAUGCUGCAGCAGAGACGAGCAAGGGAGACGAGGCAGAGCACGACCUGAGAGACAGAGGGCUCUGCUUGGUCCCUGUCUCGUGGACACCUGAAGUCUACCGGGACGGGACUGCCAUGGACUACUGGACGCCGGCGUACAGGGGCUGCCUGUACCGAUGAGAACUCUCGUUCGUCUGACUAGUUGCUGAAAUGUUCCUUCCUUACUGUCAGUGUCAGUCAGUGGCUCUGCCUCUGCCUCCAAGUUGAAGUUGCAUAGGACGGCAGCGCAGUUGAUCUGCUUUAAUUAUGUUGCUUGUGGUUUCCUAGCUAGUAGUUUGUAGUACUGGUUUGUCUGGUUUAAAUUUGCAGUGUUGUGUUUGUUGAUUUGUAGUACUAAUGAUGAGUGCUGAAGAAAUUAUCUGAACAAAUCCACCUUAGCCUCUCAUCUUUGUAACGAGAUGCUGCACCACAGCACAAGAAUUAGUCCAAGUUAAGUUUGUUUGCCUGUUUAAUGAACUACCACUAGUGAUUAUUACAGAA